AUGUCCAGCCCUAGGGACAUCGAGGCACGCCGUCUAAUCAGAGAAGGCUACAUCGCAUACCAAUCCGCCAGUCUCGGAGUUCAUACAGUUACUUUCCAACCAAAGGGAGAAGUCGACGCGAACGAAGAUCGCAUAGUUACUGACAUUUGGAAUCUCCAUGGCCAGCGCUGGCUUCUGCUCGCUGUUUUCGACGGCCAUAUAGGCAGCGCUGCCGUCCAGUACACCUCACAGGCGUUCCCUGCGGCCAUCCGCACGGGGUUACAGGAAUUCAUUGCAAACAUAGUCGGACCCCUCGAUCGUAGCAAUAUUACUGCACACCAGGCCCAAGUAACCAAAAUAAUCCAGAAAGCGAUUAUGAAGUUCGACAACGACCUUGGGGACGCGGUGCGCGAGCUUUGCCCCCGCCCCGAGGAGCUAACCGAAGAGCAGGCGCGCUGCCUCAUAGCGGAGCACCGCGAGAUCCUCGAGCGGGCCUUUCAUGGCACGACUAUGGCGUUCACACUGAUCAACGUUGAUCAGCGCUUCAUGUGGGCCGCAGGCGUCAGCGACUCUACCGACGCGCCCUUCGACGACAUCAUCCCGCGGAUCAAGACGCCACCGUAUAUCGUCAACGGGCCGUCCGUCUGCUUCACAGACCUCGCGCAUUUCUGGCCGCGCCAGAGCAAGAUCUUCCUGUUCAGCGAUGGAGUCGACAACCUCGUCGACGGCUGGCUCGUAUUCAAACCGCGCGAGCACAGCGGCGGAGACCCAGUGGACGUCGUAUCGGCGCUGCUCGCGGACCACAUCGAGCCCCGAAUUGAGGGAAUUCUUGGCCACCCGGUCAUUCCAAGGUGGAGUGGGGAGGAGAAUAACUUGGCCGUUGACGUUCUGGGCAACUUGCUUGGAGGCACGGACGUCGAGCGGCUGGAGGCGGUCACCGACCUGGAGCGUCUGAACAAGCCUGGCUGGCCGUUCCACAUCGAUGAUACGUCUAUUAUUGUGUGGCCGCUCACAGACCAGUAG